ACCGUAUAGCACCUGUCAGUCUGCUGGCAGUCAGCAGUGGCUUCGGGCAGCUCGUAGUAUGGGGAUGUGUCCGUGUUUGGGGCCGGGUGGACUCCGGGCCCUGGUGUUCCUGCUCGCCCUGUGCACAGCCCACUCCCUUCGUUCCCGGGACCAGCUGGAACCGCGCUCCGCUGUGUGGCGCCGCGAUGCGGCAUGGCUCUCCCGGGUGCGGAGGAGCGCAGUGUCCGACACUUCGCCGAGCAGCGAUGGGACCUGCGAGCAGCCAUUGGCUUUCCAUGACAUCCUGGGGAAGGACACACACCAGGCUAUCUUUGAUCAAGGUAAAGAACUGUCUUUGGUUUGGGUUGGCGAUGGAACAGGUGUUAUCCUUGUGCUAACCACUUUUCAGAUUCCAUUGAUUAUAACUACAUAUGGACAGUCCACUCUAUACAGGAGCAAUGAUUAUGGGAAGACUUUCCAGGAAAUAACAUCUCUCAUAAACAACACAUACAUACGCACAGAGUUUGGCAUGAGUCUUGGGCCUGAGAAUUCUGGACGGGUUGUCUUGGUUAGUGAAGUGUCUGGAGGAAGCCUUGGUGGUCGUAUCUUCAGAUCCUUAGACUUUGCAAAGACCUUUGUUAAAACGGAUUUGCCUUUUCACCCAUUGAAGCCUGUAUCAUACAACCCUGAAGAUCCUAACAGUCUGCUGCUCAUUAGUAUACAUUUUGAUUUGUGGAUAUCCAAAGAUUUUGGGGAAUCUUGGAACCUAAUCCAUACGUCUGUCUGUUCUGCUAAAUGGGGACCUGAAAACAUGAUCUUAUUCACCACAUCUGCUGGAAAUGAGUCCUGUUCUUUGUUGUCCGAAGUGGUAUGGGCACUAACUAUGAAAAGGACCUCAGAUUUUGGAAAAACGUUCAAGGUUCUGAAGGAAAACGUCCAUUCCUUUGGACAAUGGGGUCGUUUUUUACUUGCCUCUGUAAUGGAAGACGAUAGACUGAAGAGAAGAAUCCACAUAUCUCAAGACCACGGGGAUACAUGGAAUGUUGCUCAGCUCCCAUCCGUUACACAUGAGCAGUUUUACUCUGUGUUGGCAGCCAGUGAUGACAUGGUGUUCAUACAUGUAGAUGAUGAAGGAGACACAGGAUUUGGAACCAUAUACACAUCUGAUAAUCGAGGCAUUGUGUAUUCCAAAUCUCUGGAGAGGCAUCUUUACACCCACACAGGAGGAGACACUGAUUUUGCCAAUGUAACAUCCCUACGUGGCGUAUUCAUUACCAGUGUGCUCGCAGAAGAUAACUCUGUCCAUUCUGUAAUUACCUUUGAUCAAGGCGGUGAAUGGAGCAUGAUCAGGAAACCAGAAAAUGCAGAAUGUGACUCGACAGCCAAAGACAAGGAGAAGUGUAGUUUGCAUUUACAUGCCCAGUACAGCAUGUCGCAGAAUCUUCCAGUCCCACUACCACCACUGUCUGAGCCCAAUGCUGUGGGAAUAGUUAUUGCACAUGGUAGUGUGGGGGAUGCAGUGUCAAUCUCUACUCCAAGUGUAUAUCUCUCAGAUGACGGCGGAUACUCAUGGAACCGGGUGUUGGAUGGCCCCCAUCAUUAUGCCAUCCUGGACUCUGGAGGACUUAUUGUGGCAGUAGAGCAAAGUGAGAUGCCUAUCAACACUAUCAAGUUUUCAACAGAUGAAGGCCAGUGUUGGUUUUCUUAUAACUUCUCCAAAGAUCCUUUGAUUUUCACUGGCCUGGCUUCAGAGCCAGGUGCUCGUUCCCUGAAUGUCACUGUAUGGGGGUAUCCGCCUACUUUUCUAAGACACUACUGGAUGUCCUAUACUAUAGACUUUGCUUCUCUUCUAAAACAGAAUUGUGAAGAUAAGGAUUAUAUUAAGUGGUUGGCACACUCUACAGAUCCUGAGGCCCCAUCUGAUGGUUGUGUUUUGGGAUAUAAAGAACAGUAUCUGCGUUUGCGAAAAGCCUCCAUGUGCCAGAAUGGACGGAAUUACCUAGUGAGCCGAGAACCUGUGUACUGUACUUGUACACUGGAUGACUAUAUGUGCGACUUUGGAUAUUUCCGUAAGGAAAAUGAGUCGACAUGUGAGGAACAGCCUGAACUCAAGGGCCAUGAGCUAGAACUGUGUGUAUAUGGAAAGGAAGAAAAAUUGAAGACAAACGGGUACCGUAAGAUUCCUGGUGAUAAGUGCAUUGGUGGAGUAAAUCCUAUGCGGGAAGAGAUGGAUAUGAAACAGAAAUGUACAAAUGACAUGUCUUCAAAACCACAGGAGAAAACAUCCACAAACACUAGCUACAUUGCAGUGAUUCUUUCUGCAGUUGUUGUUGUCUUAGUGGCUGUAGCUGCUGCAAUCAUGAUAAUCAAGAAAUAUGUUUGUGGUGGAAGGUUCCUAGUCCACCGAUAUUCGGUACUGAGGCAGCAUGUGGACACACAGGGUGACGAGCAUUUGGAUUCUAGCAUUGGGCAAUCUCUCAGGAGUAGUGGCUAUCAUGAUGAUUCAGAUGAGGAUCUUUUGGAGUGACAGUGCUAUACUGCAAAAACAUGGAGUGUGAUACUUCACCAGGACUCUGCAAUUUGUGCUGAAUUGUUUUACCGGGAGAUGAAGCUCCGGUGAGUCAGAGAGCACAGAGCAAGGAUUCGCAUUGUUCAUUCCUCUCCUGGGUACCCUGGUGGUUGCAGUUCAAAGAGUUCUUUCUGAGAGGAAAACAAUAUUGAUGUAAAAGAAUGGAACAUUAAAAUAGCUUUUUUCCGGUGUGCUACAGUUCUGGGAAGCGCAACAAUUUCUCCUUCUCCACUAUUUGCUCAAUUUUAGAUUUUAUUUUUUUCUUUCUUUUUUUAAACAAGAUCAUUUGGGAAAUUUAAUUUUGGAGGCUAAGAAAAUGGUAUACAAAAUGUUCUAAUUGAUAAUAUCCAGCUGCUUUAUUUAAGCUUAUUUAUUACACCAAGGUCUGGUUCAGGUCGCAAAAAAUCCUUUUAUUUAUAUGUGAAUGCACACUAUGUUCUGGUAAAUCUCAAUCAUGCGAGUUCACUCGUUCAUGUUGGACACCUGUGUCCUCACUGAUGCCGGGUGUCUCAUUUUGUUAUUUGGCAAUUUAUUUUUCUUUUAUAUUCUCAUUAAAUUGGACUCUGCAUCUCUGAGUUCUUUGCCUUAAUGUAAGAGCCAGGCUGUUAUUAAUAUAGACCUAUUCUGCUUGGUAAUAUACUAUAGAUAUGUUUUACACUUGUUUUACACUUGGAAAGAAAGGGUGUUAAUAAGCAGGAUAACUUUCUCUGUAUAUUUUGUGAUUUACAAUUGGUAAAAAAAUAAACUGAUUACAUUUUUA